AACAACAACAACAACAAAAAUCAAUGACGGAAAAUCAGCAACAACAAUUUGAGAAAAAAAUGAAAACAUUUCAGGCAUAUUUAGAACCAAACUGCCAUCGUACAUAUAGCUGUGUACACUGCCGUGCUCAUCUUGCCAAUCAUGAUGAACUGAUAUCAAAGUCAUUUCAAGGCAGCCAAGGACGAGCAUAUCUAUUCAAUUCAGUUGUCAACGUUCAAUGCGGUAUAGCCGAAGAACGUGUACUACUCACCGGUUUACAUGCCGUUGCUGAUAUCUAUUGUGAAUGCUGUAAAACAACACUUGGUUGGAAAUAUGAACAUGCAUUCGAAUCAAGUCAAAAAUAUAAAGAAGGCAAAUAUAUAAUUGAAUUGGCACAUAUGAUCAAAGAGAAUGGUUGGGAAGAAGAAAAUUCUGGUCAUAAUAUGAUGAUGAAUAAUUCGGAUAAUUACAAUCAUAAUCAUAAUCAUCAUCAACAUCAACAGCAACCAUAUUAUAAUCAUCAUCAUCAAUAUUAUAAUCAACAACAACAACAGCAAAAAGGUGGCCAUCUUAAUGGUAGUGAUGGAUCAUCAUCAUCAUCAUCUUCGUCAUCUUCGACAUCAUCGUCAUCAUCAUCGAAUGGGUGUGGUGGUGGUGGCAGCGGCAGUGUAGGCGUUGGUAGUAUCGGUAAUGGUAGCCUAUCAUCAGCGAUGGCAGCUGCGGCUGCAGCCGCUGCUGCUGCAGGAAUACCCGGUACUAGUAAUAGUCCAGCACAUGGUAUUCUUGCUGCAAGUAAUAAUCUGGAAAAAAGACGAUGACAUUCAAUUUAUGAUGAUGAUGAUGUUGAUGAUUUGGAAUGAUUCAAUUAUUAUUAUCGAUUCAAUACGAAUAAUUCAUUUGGUAAAGUGAAACAUAACAAAAAAAAAUCAUCAUGAUAAUCAAUGUGACAUCUAAAUAUUCAUCAUCAUCAUUAUCAUCAUUUUGUUUGGUUAUUUUUUUUCUCUUCACUUUUUUUUGUUUUGUUUCAUCUCACCUUUCAUCCACCCACACGCCCAUACACACACACACACACACACAAACACACAUAUUUUGCCUAAUGUCUUUCGUAAUUUCUCAUCAUCAUUAUCAUCAUCAUCGUCAUCAUCAAAUGGAUCCAUCACAUUCGAUUUGAUUAUCGUUGAACACAUUUGAAAAUUCAACAAUUUGAACAAACUUUCAUUUUUGGGGAACAUGCACGACAUCUAUUGGUCUAUGGAUGAUGAUAAUCAAAAUUUUAUUCAUCACGUGUAAAAAUUAAAGAAAAAAUCGUCAUUCGCACACAAACACACA